AUGAUUGUUUUGAAACAGCAAGAAGCUGAAAGAUAUAUUCAUUUGGAAAAUUUAUUGGCAAGGUCUUAUUUUGAUCCUCGUGAAGCUUAUCCUGAUGGUUCGAGUAAAGAAAAAAGAAGAGCAGCUAUAGCUCAAGCUCUUGCUGGAGAGGUAUCAGUUGUACCAUCAUCUAGGCUGUUGGCACUUCUUGGACAAGCAUUGAAAUGGCAACAACAUCAAGGGCUAUUACCUCCAGGUACAACUAUCGAUUUGUUUAGGGGAAAGGCUGCCAUGAGAGAUCAAGAAGAUGAAAAAUUCCCUACCCAAUUAUCAAAACAAAUAAAAUUCGGACAAAAAUCUCAUGUAGAAUGUGCUAAAUUUUCUCCAGAUGGACAAUAUUUAAUUACCGGGAGUUUUGAUGGGUUUAUCGAAGUUUGGAAUUUCACAACUGGUAAAAUUAGAAAAGAUUUAAAAUAUCAAGCUCAGGAUAAUUUUAUGAUGAUGGAAGAAGCGGUUUUAUGCAUGUCUUUCAGUAGAGAUUCUGAAAUGUUAGCAACAGGUUCGCAAGAAGGAAAAAUCAAAGUUUGGAGAAUUCAAACUGGACAGUGUUUAAGAAAAUUUGAAAAAGCACACACCAAAGGAAUUACAUGUUUACAAUUUUCUAGAGACAAUAGUCAAAUUUUAAGUGCAAGUUUUGAUACAACAAUCAGAAUACAUGGCUUAAAAUCUGGGAAAACAUUAAAAGAAUUUCGAGGGCAUGCAUCGUUUGUAAACGAAGUUGUUUUCACUCCCGAUGGACAUUAUUUAUUAAGUGCUUCAUCUGAUGGUACCGUCAAAUACUGGAGCAUAAAAUCAACAGAAUGUACAAACACAUUUAAAUCCCUCGGAUCUGGAGAUAUUACAGUCAACACUAUAAUUCCACUACCUAAAAAUCCUGAACAUUUUGUAGUUUGCAGUCGUUCAAAUACUGUUGUGAUCAUGAAUAUGCAAGGACAGAUUGUUCGUUCGUUUUCAAGUGGAAAAAGAGAAGGUGGAGAUUUUGUGUGUGCUACAAUAUCACCCAGAGGAGAUUGGAUUUAUUGCGUUGGUGAAGAUUUAGUCUUAUAUUGUUUUUCAACAGGUUCUGGAAAAUUGGAAAGGACGUUAAAUGUACACGAAAAAGCAGUUAUAGGUUUAGCUCAUCAUCCUCAUCAAAAUUUAUUAUGUACAUACAGUGAAGAUGGACUUUUAAGAUUAUGGAAACCUUAA